AUGUCUGUCGAUUACCUUUUGCACGAGUCCGGUGUGGGCUAUGCCAUCUUCAAGGUCCGCAUGCAGGCCGACUCGGUCGGCCAGCGCCUCAAGGAAAUGGUCGAGCUCGUCUCCUUCGCCCCCUUCCAGGGCGCCGCCCAGGCUCUUGAGAACGCCAACCUCGUCUCCGAGGGCAUCAUGUCCGACUACCUCAAGACCGUCCUCGAGGCCAACAUGCCCAAGGCCAGCAAGAAGAACAAGACCGUCCUCGGUGUCACCGACAGAGGUCUUGCCGGAAGCAUCAAGGCCGGUUUCCCCUCGCUCGAGUGCGAGACGUCAGAGACUUCCGAAGUCUGCGCCGACCUCCUCCGUGGUUUGAGACUGCACGCCGAGAAGCUCCUCAAGCAGCUCCAGACCGGCGAUGUCGACCGCGCCCAGCUCGGUCUUGGUCACGCCUACUCGCGUGCCAAGGUGAAGUUCAGCGUCCAGAAGAACGACAACCACAUCAUCCAGGCCAUUGCUACCAUCGACCACCUCGACAAGGCCGUCAACCUCUUCUCCAUGCGUGUCCGUGAAUGGUACGGCUGGCACUUCCCCGAGCUGGUCAAGAUCGUCUCGGACAACACAAAGUACGCCCAGCUCGCUCUUUUGAUCAAGGACAAGAAGACCCUCACCGAGGACAACAUGCACGACCUUGCCGCCAUCGUCGACGACGACGAGGCCAUCGCCCGCAGCAUCAUCGACGCCGCAAAGGUUUCCAUGGGUCAGGACAUCUCCGACGCCGACAUGGAGAACGUCAUGUCUUUCGCCGAGCGCGUCGUCUCGCUUAACAAGUACCGCAAGUCGGUCGGCAACUACCUCGUCUCCAAGAUGAGCAUUGUCGCCCCCAACUUGGCUGCUCUCAUCGGCGAGACCGUCGGUGCCCGUCUCAUCUCCAAGGCCGGUUCCUUGACCAACCUCGCAAAGUACCCCGCCUCUACCGUCCAGAUUCUCGGUGCCGAGAAGGCCCUCUUCAGAGCCCUCAAGACCAAGGGCAACACCCCCAAGUUCGCCAAGAACAAGGGUCGUAUCUCGCGUUUCCUUGCCAACAAGACCUCGAUCGCUUCGAGAAUCGACAACUUCUCAGAGACACCCACCACCAAGUUUGGUGAGGCCCUCAAGGCCCAGGUCGAGGAGAGACUGAACUUCUACGCCACUGGCGAGGCCCCCACCAAGAACGAGCAGGCAAUGGACCCCACCGCUGGCGCUGCCGAAGACGUCGAGAUGGCUGACGGUGUCACCGCCGCAGCAACCGAGCAGGCCGUCCGCAAGGAAAAGUCCAAGGACGAGAAGAAGAAGGAAAAGAAGGACAAGAAGAGAAAGUCAAUGGGCGGCGACUCGGACGACGAAGCCGACAAGAAGGAAAAGAAGAAGAAGCGCAAGAGCGAAGGCGGUGAUGACAAGAAGGAGAAGAAGAAGUCAAGGAAGAGCAUGUAG